AUGAAUGAUGCUGCAAUGAACAUGGGGGUGCAGACAUCUCUUCAAGAUACUGAUUUCAUUUCCUUUGGAUAUGUGCCCAGAAGCAGAAUUGCUGGAUCAUAUGGUGAGAAACCUGGAAGUGAGCCUGAAGAGGCGAAGCUGCAGAUCGCCAGCAAACAGAUCGUGCAGAAUGCCAUCCUGCGGGCUGUGCAGCAGGUCUCCCGGGAGAGUCGGCAGAGGGAAGCCGGGGCUGGCGACACCCCUCGGGGCAGCUUCCGGCCGGGCGCGGGGGAAUUAACCAAGAAGCAUGAAAAGAAGUAACACGGUGGAUGGGGCUCUUGUCACACGCUUGGUUUCCAGCCUUUUUUUUAGCAUAGGAUGCGUUGCCAAAAAUGUUGCCAGUAAAGCGGACCGAAGUGUCAGCGACACCUAGCAGUAGGAUGAAUUCACACUAGGCCUUGGCCGAGAAGCACUGUUCUGCAAAAGUGCAUUAGAUGCUUCUGUUUAUAUUGAUGCAGUGCCUCUGAAACGUAGUCGGGCCAAACAUGACACUGUCAUUGCAAACGUAGUUUUGCAGCACAAUUCAUUUCUAAAGUUCAUUUUUUUUUUUAAAUGAUUCCCUAUGUUUAUUUACUUCGGCCUUGUAUGCAUUCUGUCUGUGACCUUAACCAGCAGUUCUUUCUGCUGAAACACCAAGAGCUGUACUGUGAUCUUUAUAAUAUUUAAACAAGAUGUGCUGGAAAGGUAAAGGAAUGGUGUUACAGUCCUCCUCAGAUAUGGAAUUGAAGGCUUUACUAAAGUGGGUUCAGGUCCAAGAUCAUAUUAAGCAAAGGCAAAUUCUAAGUCCCUCAGGAUCUUACCAAAGCAUGUAUUUAUACAUAUUGUUUUUUUAAAAAGGAGGACCCCAGCUUUUCCAGAACUCAGUCUCAGUUCUGUCAGUUGUUUGAUAGUUAAUGUUUCCUCUCUGUGCAGAAAUCCUUGGGAAAUAUUAUGGAUUUCUUUUUCCAUUUCAAGAUGAAAAUAAGACAGGUGAAUCUAAAUGCACGAGUCGCCGAUGUCGGCAGCCCCUUGAAGAGAAACUGGAGUUGUAGAUUCCAUCUUGGAGAUAUCCUAGGGUCAGCUUAUGGGGUGCAGGGUCCUUGGAAGGAGCUCUGGGGACUUAUAAAUGCUGUGUUGCCAUCAGACUAUGCACUUGCACUAGUACCUUGCUAAUAGGAACUUUUCUUUUCCCAUCCACAAAUUAGAUUUUUUUUUGAGAUUAUGAAAAUCAUACAUAUCAGGAAUGAAUGACACAUAAAAUGGGAAAAUCAUUUCCUCAACUGAAACGUGAAAAUACAGUGGGAUCAACAAAGCGACCAUGCUGUGAAAGCAGUCAUGGGACCAUAUGUGUGUGAAUGAAUAAAGCCAUCUCUGUUGCAACAGAAUGACUUCCGCUCCAUUCUCAUGUGGGUACCGCACAGCUUUCUGUGUCCUUAGAGUCCCAUUUCCUGGGUUUCCCAACAGUUACUGAGUUGAUGCUACUGGGAACAGAUGAAGAAUUUGACCUUUGUUAGAAAUUUUUGGGCUUCAGAGUAUCAGUGUUUACGUUUGAUAGUUUUUUAAAAAGCAAAGUAUCAACAUAUGAAGUGUGACUGAUAUUAAGACAUACUUCUAGAAUUCCAAUAUGUUACACUUUCCAGAAUGGAUACUAUUGAGAAAUAAAUGAAAACAAUCUCUUAUCAGUUCUGUUAGACUGUCUCACACCAUGUACAGAUGGAAUAAAUUCACAGGGGGAAUGUCUGUGGGAGGGAGCAGAGGGGUUAACAUUUAAAUAUGGUUUGUUCGUAAUUUUCUGUAAGUAGUACUCAUGACAAUUGAAGAAUGAGUUUAAGUUGCCCUGAAGUCAUAUAAUGGAUGUGGUAUAAUUGUACAGCCUAGAUAAUAGGAGUGAAGAUAUUCAGGGAAAUUAUUCAGGAGUACCCACAAAUAACAAAAUGAACCCAAUGCUUGUAAUUUGCAAGUGAUCUGGCACUCUGUUCACUGAGAUGUCUGGGUAUAACCAGCCUUGGCUUUUGCUGCCGUAUGUCAGAAACACAUAAACACGUUCUCUUUCCUCUCUGGUGUGUCUGUGCUAGUACAUUGGGGAUCUUGGAGAAUAUCUGAUUAACCUCUGUAUCUAAAUGUUAUUUAUAAAUAAAAUAUAUCCAGCUUUGAAA